AGGAGCCAUCAAUGUGGCUGUGGGACCAAUUAGAGGACAAGAAGCCAGAGUGAAUGGACCAAUUGGAGGACCUGGCCAGAUGAGAAUGGAUGUUGGAUUUCCGGGUCAGCCUGGUACAGGAGGAGUGAGGAUGGCUAAUCCAGCGAUGGUUCCUCCCGGGCCUGGAAUGGCAGCUCAGGCUAUGAUGCCAGGCGGCAGUGGACAGAUGCAUCCUCGUGUUCCCAGACCAUCUUCACAGACAGGUUCAGGUCUUUAUUUCUUAUGUUAUGGAUCCAAUGAUGCCAGGUAUGUCCGUUCAGCAGCAGCAGCAGCAGCAACAGCAGCAGCAGCAGCAGCAGCAGCAGCAGCAGCAGCAGCAGCAGCAGCUUCAGCACCAACAGGCUGGCCCACAUGUCUCAGGCCCCAUGCCUCCUCAGGCUGUCCAUCACAUGCAGACUCUGCAAGGUGGCAGACUGCUUAAUCCUGCUGCCCUGCAACAGCUUCAACAACAACAACAACAACAUCACCAACAACAACAACAGCAACAGGCCCAGCAGCAAGCUCAACUGGCCCAGCUUGGACCUCGACCUCCAUUCAACCCAUCAGGCCAGAUGGCUGUGCCUCCUGGCUGGAACCAGCUGCCCUCUGGGGUGCUGCAGUCACCAGCCGCCCAAGGAGGCCCUGCCUGGAGAAAGCCCCCACCACAAGCCCAAAUGCUUCAACGUCCACCCUCCCUUGCUGCAGUUCAAACUCCCAGCCAUCCCCCACCCCCUUACCCAUUUGGCAGCCAGCAAGCUGGGCAGGUAUUCAAUGCCAUGGGACAGGGACAAUUACAGCAGCAACAACAACAACAGCCAGGAGUGGGUCAGUUUGCCACCCCCCAGCCUAAAGGCCCACUGGCUGGCCCUGGAGGUGUCGUAGGACAGCCCAGACCUCCUCCACCCCUUCCACCUACAUCUGGACCGCAGGGCAACCUCACUGCCAAGUCCCCUGGGUCCUCCUCGUCUCCUUUUCAGCAGGGUUCACCUGGGACUCCUCCUAUGAUGGCUCAGAGACCUACAACUCCACAGGGUUUCCCUCAGGGCGUUGGAUCGCCAGGAAGAGCAGCCCUCGGCCAACAGGGUAACAUGCAACAAGGAUUCAUGGGAAUGCCCCAGCACGGACAGCCUGGGGCUCAAGUUCACCCAGGCAUGCCGAAGCGUCCCAUGGGCUUUCCAAACCCCAACUUUGUCCAAGGUCAGGUGAGUGCCAACACUCCAGGAACCCCUGGUGGAGGAGCCGGUCAGCAGCUUCAGAGCAGCCAAGCCAUGACCCACUCAGGAGCUCCGCCAGCCUCCACACCAAACUCAAUGCAGGGUCCACCCCAUUCCCAGCCAAAUGUUAUGGGUAUACAAAGUGGCAUGGCGGGUCUUCCCCCUGGUACAACCGCUGGGCCUAGUAUUGGCCAGCAACAGCAAGGCCUCCAGACCCAGAUUAUGGGCCUCCAGCAUCAGGUCCAGCCCGUGUCUUCGUCCCCCAGCCAGAAGGUUCAAGGCCAGGGUGGUGGUCAGACUGUCCUCUCAAGGCCCCUCAGUCAAGGGCAGAGAGGAGGGAUGACCCCACCCAAGCAAAUGAUGCUUCAGCAAGGCCAGGGGGUGAUGCAUGGGCAGGGUCAGAUGGUUGGAGGCCAAGCGCACCAGGCCAUGCUCCUGCAGCAGCAGCAGCAGCAGCAGCAACAACAGCAACAAAACUCCAUGAUGGAACAAAUGGUUGCCAACCAGAUGCAAGGUAAUAAGCAGGCAUUUGGAGGCAAGAUUCCAGCUGGGGUCAUGCCCGGCCAGAUGAUGCGUGGCCCUGCUCCAAACGUUCAAGGUAACAUGGCUCAGUUUCAGGGCCAGGUUGGCCCUCAGCAGAUGACUCCCCAACAGCAGCAGCAAAUGGCUCAACUCCAACAGCAGCAGCAGCUACAGCAGCAGCAGCAGCAACAGCACCAGUUGCAACAGCUACAGCAGCAGCAGCAGCAGCAACAGCAACAGCAACACCAGCAGAUGAAUCAGCAACAACCACAGCAAGUUCCUAUUGCUGGUAAUCCUAAUCAAGCUAUGGGCAUGCAUGGUCAACAGAUGAGGCUCCCCGCUGGCCAUCCUCUUAUCCAACAACAGUUGCAACAGCAGCAGUUACAGCAGCAACAGAAACAACAGCAACAGGUCAUGUUGCAGCAGCAGCAGCAACAACAGGCAGCUCAACAACACCAGCAUCCUUUAGGGGAUCCUAACAGUGGCACAGGGGACUUGGGGGUCCAGCAGAUGGUCCCUGAUAUACAGGCACAGCAGCAGCAAGGCAUGAUGGCUGGCGCACAGCACAUGCAGAUGGGAAAUGGCCACUUUGCAGGUCAUGGCAUGAACUUUAACUCACAGUUCCCAGGUCAGAUGCCAAUGGGCGGAGCCUGUGCACAGCAAGGAGGCUUUCCUGUCAACAAGGACGUAACACUGACUAGUCCACUGCUGGUCAACCUGCUGCAGAGUGACAUCUCAGCCAGCCAGUUUGGGCCAGGAGGAAAACAGGGAGCAGGUGGUGGCAACCAGGCCAAACCCAAAAAGAAGAAACCAGCACGAAAGAAAAAGCCCAAAGAGGGAGAAGGACAGCAGCAAGUAGAAGGACUUGGUGGUCUUGAUGGGACUGCUGGCAUGGAUGAUCCCGAACUGCCAAAUCUGGGUGGUGAACAGAAUUUGGGUUUGGAAAACUCUGGCCAGAAACUCCCUGAUUUUCCCAACAGGCCUGCAGUUAACGUAGGUUUUCCCGGACAACCUGGAGACCAGAGAGUAUUGCAGCAGGUACCGAUGCAGUUUAUGCAGCAGCAACAACAACAACAACAACAGCAACAACAACAACAACAAAUGCAGCACAUGCAACAGCAGCAGAUACAGCAACAACAAAUGCAGCAGCAGGUGGCAUGGGGGCUCCCACAGCUUGCAUCAGGCUCACUUGUGGAAGUCCGCUGGGGUUUAGCACUGAAGGGAUGGGUGGGGCAACUCCCAUAGCAGGUACAGAUCCGCAACAAUUG